GAAAAUGGUGUUUGGAGGUUUUAUUUGCCUAUGUGGAGAAACUCCACGCUUCAAACAGGCUAACCAAAGAACUCCUCCAGAUGGUUUCAAAUCUUGGAGAACAAAGACUCUGGUCACCAGUCGAGGCUUUAAACCUCCUUGGAGCAUUAACUGACCACCAACAUAAUGAUGGCUGUAUUUCUAUCAUGAAGAUUUUACAUUUGAUGGCAACGUAUCAGGUGUCUUCCAACUGGAAAGAUGAGAACAACCAAUCCCUCCUUGAGCUCUUAGAUUCAUUUUUACCUGAGAAUCUGAUUCUGCAUUUAGAAAAGAGCCUCAGCAAUGAAAACAUAAAAAGCAUUGACACUGUUUUUGAUGAAAUCCGGCAGAUGAAAGACAUUGAUGAACAAACACUGACUAAAUCAUACAGUGUAGUCACUCAUGUAACAAACCUGAUCAGAACAGAUGAAAUCAAAAAGCACACAGAUGUGCAGCGAGCUAGGAAUAUAAGUCAUAGCACUGACAAAGAAGACCUUCAGGAGUUGCUAGCAAUAUUAUGCAAUGCUGUACACCUGAAAAAGGCUGAUGGGAAGUGGUGGCCCAGAGCCACUCAGAUGAUCAGCUGGUGCCUCUUGGCCUUGUCUGACACUGGGAAGCUCCUGGAGAUGGGCACUGGAGAAGGAAAAUCAUGUGUUAUAGCCAUGUUUGCAGCAUUGAGAGUGCUUAGAGGUGAGAAAGUGGAUGUGGUGUCCAGUUCUUCUGUGUUAUGUCAAAGAGAUGCAGAAGAAUGGAACAACUUCUACAAGUUCUUUGGCAUAACAGCUGACACAAACACAAAUAAAACCACAGAUGAAGGUAGAAAACAGUGCUACCAGGAAGACAUCGUCUAUGGAACUAUCGAAGCCUUCGCUGCAGAUCACCUUCGUCAGACGUUUGAGAUGAAGGAUGUGAGGCCUGAUCGCAGCUAUCAGUGCAUCAUAAUUGAUGAAGUGGACUCACUGCUGCUGGAUCAAGGAGUGCAGAUGACCUACCUGUCCAGCCCCAUGGUCUCCAUGCAGCACCUGAACAUUAUUCUGGCCAUGAUCUGGGGCCACGUAAGCCAGUAUGGCUUCCUGUCUGCAGGACACCAGACGUUUGUACGUGGUCCUCCAGCUUCAUUCUUCAAGGUCAUCUUUGACUCAAUAAACACGGAAGAAACUGACAUUAAAGAUCCAGCGGAUAUUUUACGUAUCGCUGAGGAAUGCAGCACUGUGCCAAAAGGAUUUACAGAGGACAUCUACAAAAAUGAAAAGGAUGAAGUUCUUGUGAAACUGAAAACUGUGAGUCAGGAUGCUGUGAUAGAUUUUUUCCAAGAGCUUGAGGACUAUGUCCCCUAUGGUUUUACCGUUUACACUUUAGACGACAAGGGAAUGCUCUGUCCCAGAAAGCACAGCCCGUACAACAACCAGGACAUCCCAAAGCUUACAUUUCUUGUCUUGGAGGAAGGCUUGUGUUGUCCACUCUAUGAUUCAGAAGAAACUCUCGUCAUGCCUAUUGCACAGUUACUGUCAGAGAAGAUUCAGUACACCCCAUGUCCCAACAAUAAAGACAAAAUCAGCAUCCCUGGAUUCUUGCAGAAUCUGGUGGAGAAGAAAGUGUCAGUGUGGGUUCAGAAUGCCUUUCUGGCUAUGCAACUGAGGGAAGGACGGGAAUAUGUUGUUGAAAAUGAUAAUGUCUGUCCAGUGGAUUUCAGGUCCACUGGUAUUAUAGAACUGAACAAGAAAUGGGGUGACGGUCUGCAGCAAUUUGUUGAGAUUAAACACCAAAUCAAACUGAGCACAAUUUCAACAGUGACAAACUACGUUUCAAAUAUCUCCUUUUUUGAAAAGUACCACGGGAAAAUAUAUGGAACAACAGGGACACUUGGGAGCAGGACAGACAUUCAGUUUUUGCAGGACCUAUAUCCAAAUCUUUCGGCCUGCAAAAUGCCAACAUUCAACAGGAAGAAGUUGUUUGAGGUAAAAGGUACUAUGAAGACUUCGGCUGAAGAGUGGAAAAAGGAAAUAAAACGCGUGGUUUUGGCUCAGGUUUCCCCAAAUCCGUACAGAGAUGGAAGAUCAGCCCUGGUGAUCUGUGAAACUAUCAACAAAGCCAAAGAGAUCUACGAAGAGCUCAAAAGCAGCAUCCCAGGUGAAAUCCUUCUCUACUGCCGCAGUGACAAAGACAGUUUGAGCAAAAUAGAUAAAGAACUGCUUCCUGGUGAUGUCAUUGUUGCCACGAACCUUGCCGGACGUGGCACAGACAUAAAAGUUUCCAAACAGGUAAAUAACAACGGAGGACUAUUUGUGAUCAUCUCUUUCCUUCCUGAGAACACAAGAGUGGAGCUCCAGGCUUUCGGACGAACUGGGCGCAAAGGGAAACCUGGAUCUGCUCAGAUAAUCAUGUCCACUGAACCCCUGGAGUCGUCCUUCAGGAUGGUGUCUUCUCUGGAGGAAGCCAAGAGCACAAGAGAUAGACUAGCAGCAGAGAAGAUGAAUUAUAUGAUGAAUGAUGUCACUGUGAUGAAACUGCGAGAGGAUCUGUUUUCAGAGUAUCUCAAAACUCUUCAAGUCAUUUAUGAGGACACAGAUGAAGAUGAGAAAAGAGUCGUUGUUGAAGUCAUGAAUGAGUUCUGGGGCAUUUGGUUGCAAGCAAAAUCAGAAGAAAUUGACCAGCUGAAGAAAAAUGAAUUGCAGAACAGUUUGAGAGAUAAUUUGUCAUUAGCAAAGAGCCAGUCUCAGAGUCAGACUUCACCAUGUUCUAGCAUUUAUCACUACAUCAAGUUUGGAAAUGUCACACUGAGUGAAAAAAAGUGGGACGUCAGCACAAGGCUCUUUGAAAAAGCUAUGAAACUAGAUGAAAGUUGGGCAGCUGUAGCUUUUUACAAUCAUGCAUACUGCACUAUACAGCAGAAGAAGGCAGAUUACCUAACUAAGGCCAGAGAUGAUCUAAUGAAGGCACAGGAGUCUCUGAAGUAUCUCAGUGAGGAAUCCAUGGUCUGUCUGCAGUUUGUAAAAAUGUCCUCUGCAAACUCAGCCAACAGUGACCCAACCAGCCUCGAAAAACAGCUGACAACCAAGUGCAGCAUGUUGAAUUACCUCGACAAAAACAUUAACGAGGCCAUCCAAAAACUCGAUGAAAUAAGAGAAAGAGGGAGAGAUGCAGUCGCUAAAAAAUCCCCAAUUUUCUCCCUGGUAUCGACUGCUGAUGAAGAUUUCCAAGUGGAAGCCUACAACCUCUACAGUCAAGGUCUGAAAUAUGUGUUUACUGUAGAGGAGGAGCCUCGAUUCCCAUGGGAAGGUCUGCUAGUGUUCCUUCUUGGAGUUUUACAGAUUAUUGGAGGAGCUUUGCUCACUGCUUUUACGUUUGGUACAUUUGCUCAAGUUGGCAUGGGACUCAUCACUGAGGGAAUAUCAGACUGCAUCUCUGGCAUAGAAGCCAUGGUGACAGGAGAAUUCAGCUGGAAGUCAUGGGCUAUAGAAAAAGCUAUUUCCAUCGGUGUUUCUCUCAUUGGGUUUGGAGUUGGAAAGCUGAUUGCAAAGGGCUUCAAGGCAUCUAAAAUGUUAAUUAAGGGAUUUGGCAAGAAACUAAAGUUGAUGCCAAAGUUUCUCUCCAAACAGGCUAAAGACAGUUUGAGUGUUGUCACAAAGACAAAUAUGAAGAAUGCAGUGAAGCACACUGCUAAGAAAAUGGUAGAAGAAAUCAUUACGUAUGGAUUUGGGAAGGCAGAAAAGGAAAUCCUGAAACAAAUACUGAACGGCAUCAAAAAUGAGGUGGAAAGAGGAAUUGUUGAUGAGGUGAAAUCCAAAAUGGAAAAGAAGCCCUUGUCUACAUUAGUAGAUGACAUCAUCCUUUCGCAUCUUGAAGACAAAAAACAACUUCAUGAUCUCCUGAAGAAUGAGAAGAGAAGGAGUGAACUUCUGGCCCUAUUUAGGAAGUUAAGCAACACUGCAGUGCAACCUUUCUAUGAAGACCUGGACUGGCAGAACAAGCUGAACUCUUCCUUCUCCACAGUGAUUAACAAAGCUAAAGCUGAGGCCAGUGGAAAAGCACAUUUAAUUCUGACGCUGAUCCAAAGUGUCCACAUGGGAGUGCUGGCAGCAGACGCUAUCAGUGCAGCGCUCACCCUAUCCAGCAAGUUUUUCUCAAACCUUCAUGAUCAGCUUAAAAUAUUUAAAUCAGAAAAAGUUUCUUCAGAGAAGGUGAAGGUAUCUGAGCUGUCUGACUCAGACAUUGAGAUGCUGAAGGAAUUCAAGCACGAAUUAGCCAACACCAUCAGUGCUUUAGUGGCUGAUGCUUCAGUAGAAGUGUUCCACCAGAAGUUCUCCAGUCACUUUGUUUCACAUGUUCAAGGCCAAGUAAAUGGAAUCAUCGGCCGUCAUGUAAGAACUGGCUUAAAGAGUGACAGAACAGAGGAAAAGCUCAGAGCUGGACAGAACAACAGAUACAUUGCACACAUGCCCACAGACUCAAAACAUGCAGGUGAUGCUGGUAAACGCUCACAGUCACAUGCUGAAAACAUAAAGAAUUCAGAGACUGCAGGCAACAUCCUCGAUAUCAGAGUCCUCUCAGAAGCCACUGGCACUAAGGUUGUCCUCCUAACACAAGACAGCCAUGGUAGACUCACCAAAAUGCAGGAGCUGAGCCCAAACACUGAUCCCGCCAUUCAAACUGUGACACUGAUCUACAGACCAAAGAGUGACCAAUACCCAGAUGGACAUUAUGAUGUGCACAUUAAUAACCAGACAGUGAAAAUCAAUAGUGAGGACAAGAACUGCCUGUUCCAUGCUUUGGCACGAGGCAUGAAACCAGAGGCCAGUGAAGAAGAGAUCACUUUGGAAGCACAACGCCUCCGAUCUGUAGAGGCCAACACUCUACUCAGAAACCCAGGCCAAUGGGAGCCUUUCAUCAAGCGCAAAGAGUGGACUGAAUCAAUCAGAGGAGGAGACUGGUACAUGGCAGAAGGUGCUGCACCAAGAAACAGAAUACUCAUGGCAGAAACCCAGCAAGUUCUUCAGCAAGAAGUUGGGACAAUCAAACUGUACAAAGAGUGGCAACAGGAUUGUUUCUACAGAAGAAGGCUUGGACAAUUUAUCAAUGGAGAUCACCAGCCACCAGUGCAGAGUAUAUUGGAUGCUAGACAAUCGAACCAGAAUAGUAGAUUAGCAGAAGCCAUGCUUGAAGUGGCAACACAGUCACGUCCUCUAGAUCCCAACCUGAUUCACAGAGUGAAAGAUUAUCAUGGCCGAGAACUUCCAGUUGUUUAUGUACCUACAGAAAUACAUCGGGAGUUUCCAAGUACAAUAUCACCAGCGUUCAGAUCCUUAUUAGCUGGAGCCAUAAGCCAAGAUAAUGUUGUGGACACCUUCAAACUGACAAUCAUUGGUGCCAUGCCCAGAUUCAGGUUGAAGAGCAACAACAACUUUAAUAAUUUUCAGACACACCCAAUGAGUCAAACCAGGCUUCAAGUUUUUGCUAACAGUUUUCAGCAACACAGUGAAAAGAUGGUAGACACAUGGUUCAACCAGCUUCCAGGCGUAAUGACAAACAAUGAUCUUCAAACUAUUAAGGCAUGGAUCAACAGGCAGGGCUACAAUGAUCAAAAUGACCCACUCAGGAACCAAGUCUCCAAACUCCUCUAAUGAAAAGUGUGUUGACGCCUGAGAAACUGACCAGUCAUAUUCCUCAACCUGCCUGAUCAACAUCAAGAAAACUGUCUGGAUCAUGAAGAUUACUUUUCUUUUUGAUUAACAAAACCAUAACUGCUUUUCCUUUCUCAUCACAAACGUGACAGAGAAAAAAAUCCUAAUUUCCCACCCUUUUUAACUUUAAUAUGAAUAAAGGGCUGUGUCACUGGCUGACUAUUUAUAAGAUACAUUACAGCUGAAAGUGCCUAUUUUACAUCAUAGGAGUUGGCCAUGACAUUCUGUGAGUAGUUGAAAUGUACUACUAUUCAUUUGCUGAAGACAUAUCUGAUUUCACAAUGGUAAAUGGUUAGUAUAGAACAUAACUUUAAAUGGAAAUUGUGUUUUUAAAAACCUAUGAGUAAUGGUUUAAAAGUCAUAACAUCUGAAUCAUGCCAAGAGUUAAUGCAGUUAAAAAGGCUUGAUCUGUAAUGAGUAAAGUCCUCCAUGCAGUCUGACCUUAAAUGAGGUGAUUGAGGUGAUUUCAGAUUUCAGAUGUUUUUUGAUGAGGACACGUUCACUGACCACAUUCAAAAUUAGGAAAUUUCCAAUGUAAAUGUUGGAUUAUGAAUUAUAUAUAAGUGCUAUUUAUAUGUAUUCUCACUCUUACAGGCAAUGUAGCGGAUGUUGUAUUGCAAUCUUUAAAUCACUCAGGCAUCACAAGGAAAAGCCUCUCCAUGUCAUCUUUGAUUAUUAAUUUCCAAUCUAUUUGAAGCAUCACUUUUUAAAGCCAGGCUUAUUCAGCUUCAUUAAUUUCGUUUUUACCAACAGAUUUCUCCUGUGCUCAACUUAACUGAGUUCAGUGUCCUCCUUGUCAUUAAUAUGAAACAAUUUUGUUGUCAUAUUCAUUAAGCAAAGGCUGUUAGUUUUCAUAUAAUAUAACAGGAUGAAAUGUAAGAUUAAAUAUUCCUUUAUUAUCAGAUAAUAGUUUAUGAAGAGUUGGAGAGAAAAUUCUUUCUUUUUGUCUUUAAUUCUUUCUGUGCUUGCCGUAGUAUAUUUGUAUUGUAAUUCCAAACUGUGGUGAAUUGUCAGUAGACUACUGGAUUGCAUUUAUCAUUUACUUAUUUCUAUGUAUUAACAAUUACAUUUCCUUUAUAUUGCUGUGUUGACAAAGCUCACAGAAAUCACAGAAGGUGCAGAGAAAAUGUGAGAAACUGUGAAUAAUUGAACUCUACAAAAUGAUGUACUGUGGGGAAAUAAUUAUGGGAAAUAUUACAGGAGACAUUUGAAAUGUUUCUGACCGAUUGAAGAGAAGUGAACUCUGACCUAAACAGACCUGAUACAAUCCACACAGUGUGGACGACAGGAAUCUUCUGAAAAUGAAUUAUGUCACCAAGGUAAUCUGAUUACCUUCAGGUUCCUUUCAGCUCAGAUGGCUUAUUCUGUUGAUUAAGUCUGUGCUCUGUGUCUACAGCAUCUCAUCAAUUGUCUAUGGUGUCAAAUUUACCUUUGCUUUAGGAAUUCAAUUAAACUCUAAGUGCUUCAGCUACUGUAUAUCAAAGGUUUUAGGGGAGUAACAAUGAAAAAUGCACAAUGUAUUCUGUGUGUUAUUCAACACAAUCCUCUGUCAUUGUGACCUGAAUAACAUGACAACUGUAUGAAAUACUUCUGUCUUCAUAAAGAAAG